AUGGGUAAGUCCAAGCUGAACCUCCACGCCCCACACAUACUGACCGCAGGUUUAGGCGUUGCAUUGUGGCUAUGUCCAAAGAAGAACCUGGGUGUCCAGGAUAAAUUGCAAACCGUCAUGGGCCUGCUUAACACUGUGUUUCCAGGACUGCCCCCACGGUUCGAGCCUCACAUCACUGUUUCCACCAAUUUGGCGGUGGACAUGAAAAACCCAAAAGACGACGUCAAUCGUAUUCUUUCUCUGUGUGCUGCGGCGCUUCUGCUGCUUCCGAAAUCAGACACUCCGUGGAUUCGUUUGGGCAAGGUAACCAGCCAAAGAAAGUACUUUCAGAAACUCUACUUCCAGGUUUUGGCUGAGCCUACGCUCUACCUGUUUGCACGUAUUGUUCAGGAGCUUUUCGUUUUGCUACCAGCCAAGACGAAGGCAGAGCACCAGCAGAAGAACCCCCACUUGUACCAUAAGGACCACAGCGGGAACCUCGUAAGAAGGAAACUGACAAAAGAGGCUAAAGAAGUGGAUGUUGAUACCGGAAAGCUUCAACGUGAGCUGGCCAGCGAAGCUGCUGCUUGGGCUGUGGGUGAAUAUAAUCCUCAUCUCUCGCUAGUGUAUAGCGACCUUCAUCCGAUCGAUACUGCCUUGUGGCAUACCAUUCGUCUGCGGGUUCUGGACUAUUUGGGAAUCGACGGGUGUGACUCUGAUUCGUGGAAUAUGCUGGGCAAUGGGCUUUCCUGGGAAGGCGGCGUGUUGAAGUUGGUUCUUUGUGAGGGUGACGUUAAUGAGUGGGUUGUGCUUGGAUCCGUUGAUGUUUGA